AUGGAGACAUUGUAUCAAGGCCUAAAAUCCCUUGGUGUGCAGGCGAUCGUGGGGAUUGCCAUUGCAUCCUACGCGGUCUGGACCAUUGUCAGCUACCGACGAUUGUCGCACAUCCCCGGCCCGCGAUGGACUGGCGUCAGCAACAUCCCGCACAGCCUGGCAUUUUUGAGCGGAGAAUGCCACAAGUGGUAUCAUGCGGCGAGCAACAAGCAUGGCAAGCAUUUUUGGUUCCUUUUGAACCCAAAAACCUCGAUCGGCCCCAAUUCCCUCAUCACCUCGUCGCCGGAGCUAUGGGCCCGCCUCAACGCCGUGCGUUCGCCUUAUACACGCACAGAGUGGUUCUACAGAGGCUGCCGUCUCGAACCCGGUAUGGAUAAUGUGUUCACCAUGACCAACGACCAAGAGCACGAGAGACGACGCAAGCAGGUGGCGUCGGGCUACUCGGGCAAGGAAAACGCCAAGCUCGAAGCCGACAUCGACGCCAACGUCUCGGCCCUGCUCUCCCUGAUCCGCAGCUACUGCACCAGGCCAGGCGAGCCCUCCAAGCCCAUGGACCUGGCGCAAAAGAUCCCCAUGUUCACGCUCGACGUCAUCAGCAGCGUGGGCUUCGGCACGGCAUUUGGCCUGCUGGCGGCCGACAGUGACCUGAACGGGUACAUGGCGUCGGCGUCGUCGGGCCUGCGCAUCAACAACGCCAUCAUCGCGCUGGGCUGGGCGGUGCGGCGGUUCGUCGACCUGCCCAUCGUCUGCAAGCUGGGCCCGAGCGCCAAGGACAGCUACGGCUUCGGCAAGAUGAUCGGCACCGUGUACGAGGCGGUGGACCGCCGCGUGCGCGCCGGCGACCUGGACAAGCGCAGCGACAUGCUGGCCAGCUUCAUGCGACACGGGCUGCGCGGCGAGGCCCUGCGCGCCGAGACGCUGGAGCAGGUCAUUGCCGGCAGCGACACCACGGCCGCCGCCAUCCGCGGCAUCAUGCUGCUGCUGCUGACGAGCCCGCGCGUGUUUGCGAGGCUGAGGGAAGAGGUCGACGACGCGGUCCGCCGGGGCGGGGCGCCGCAGAGCCCCGAGGUCGUCGCCAAGGCGCAGGCCGAUGCGCUGCCGUACCUGCAGGCGGUGAUCCGCGAGGGCAUGCGCGUCAAGCUGCCGGUGGUGUGCUUCUUCCCCAGGGACAUUCCGGCCGGCGGCGAGACGUGGGAGGUGGACGGCGAGCAGGUGUUCAUCCCGGGGGGCACAGAUGUUGGGUACUCGGGCAACGCGAUGCACCACGACAAGGGCAUCUACGGGCAGGAUGCGGCAUCAUUCCGGCCUGAAAGGUGGUUGGACAAGGGGGCGAACCUGCCGCUGAUGACAAAGACGAACGACUUGAUAUUUGGGCAUGGCAAGUGGCAAUGCUUGGGCAAGUCGGUGGCGAUGUUUGAGCUUGGCAAGGUCAUCUUUGAGCUGGUUCGAAAUUUCGACUGGACCGUCGAAAAUCCCGAAAAGGCAUGGGAUUUGCACAACUACAACGGCCUGAUGCACAUUGAGAAUCUGUGGGUUCAGGUGCAGGAGCGAAGCUGA